CCACAGAGAUGCUCCAACUACAGAAAGAGCUUCAGAAAGACAAGCCAGUUCAUUAAUCAGCAAAGAAUGCAGAGAAUGCACCUUAUUUCUCCUCACAGAGGGGCGAAACCAUAUAAGUGCUUUGAAUGUGGAAAAAGCUUCAGUCACAGCUUAAGCCUCAGUAAUCAUCAGAGAAUCCACACAGGGGAAAAACCGUAUCAGUGCUCAGAGUGUGGGAGGUGCUUCAGUCAGAGCUCACACCUUUCAAGACAUCAAAAAUUGCAUGUAGGACUGAAACCAUACAAAUGCUCAGGGUGUGGAAAGAGUUUUGGUCGGAGAUCACACCUUUCAAGACAUGAAAAACUGCAUGUUGGAUUGAAACCAUAUAUAUGCUCAGAAUGUGGAGAAGGCUUCUGGCGGAGUUCACACCUUACUCGACAUCACAAAUUGCAUAUAGGACUAAAGCCCUAUCCAUGCUCAGUGUGUGGAAAGAGCUUCAGUCGGAGCUCUAGCUGUGCUUCCCAUCAAAGGAUCCACACUGGGGAGAAACCCUACAAAUGCUCUGACUGUGGAAAGAGCUUUGCUCAGAGCAGCUACCUUUCUAGACAUCGAAAACUACAUGUAGGACUAAAACCAUAUAAAUGCUCAGAGUGUGGGAAAAGCUUCAGUCGCAGCUCACACCUUACUGUACAUCAAAGAACCCACACCGGGGAGAAGCCAUAUGAAUGCUCAAUGUGUGGGAAGAGUUUCAGUCAUAAUUCAGGCCUUGCCUGCCAUGAAAGAAUUCACACUGGGGAGAAACCAUAUCAGUGCUCAGAGUGUGGGAGGAGCUUCCGCGAGUAUUCAAACCUUGCUUCCCAUCAAAGAGUACAUACUGGAGAGAAACCGUAUCAGUGCUUAGAGUGUGGGAAAUGCUUCACUCAGAAUACAAGCCUUACUUGCCAUCAGAGAAUCCACACAAGGGAGAAACCAUAUGUAUGCUCAGAAUGUGGAAAGAGCUUCAAUCACAAAGGAAACCUUGUUAAUCAUCAAAGAUUGCACACAGGGGAGAAACCAUAUGAAUGCUCAGAAUGCGGAAAGUGCUUCAGCCAGAAGGGAAGUCUUAUUGGUCACCAAAGAAUCCAUACAGGGGAGAAACCAUAUCAGUGCUCUGAGUGUGGGAAGAGCUUCAGACUUGGUUCAAGCUUCACUUCCCACCAAAGAGUCCACACAGCAGAGAAACCAUAUAAAUGUUCAGUGUGUGGAAAGAGCUUCAGCCAGUGCUCACACCUUGCUAGACAUAAAAAAUUGCAUACAGGACAGAAGCCAUAUACUUGUUUGGUGUGUGGGAAGGGCUUCAUUGAGAGAUCAAGGUGUGCUUCCCAUCAAAAAGUGCAUGCUAAGGAGAAACUGUAUUAAUGCUC